AGCAACAUUGCAUGUUUGUCAGUGUGGCAACAAAAAUCAGUUGACAUCCAUCACCAGCUUUAAGGACAAAGGUUCUCAUGCUGCCUUGUUUACAUGAUGGACGGCUAUGUCAUGUCAUCUCCCUCAGAGGCAAUUAUUCCAAAUGAGUCGGAGAAUUUCCGUCCAUCUGCAGAGCUGUACCCUUACCUCACUAAUGUCGGGGAGAUUUAUGAAGACCACAGAUGGACCUUCCACUCUGAGCGGGUCCAGCUGCUGGACCUGGAGAGUUCACCAGUGAAUCAGCUCACAGAGCUUCAGUCUGUGACCCCUCAACAACACAUACAACCCUACCGCUUCAGCAACGAGUGUCUGCCGCUUCACCUGGAGCCUCCACUCACUCCACUCUCUGUGUCACCACAGAUCCCGUAUUACACACCAUCCCUGUGCUACCAGUACCAACCCUCAGCCUCACCAGGCCAUUACUACUCAGAGGAGGAACAGAGAGGAGUCAGUCCCCUGCUCGAGGUUUCAGAGGGGGAAGAUGAAUAUGAAGACCACAACCGCUCUUCCUUCAGGAAAGACAACAAUAAGAAGAAAAUCCGCCUGUACCAGUUCCUCCUGGACUUGCUACGGAAUGGUGAAAUGAAUGACAGUAUCUGGUGGGUGGACCAGGACAAGGGCAUCUUCCAGUUCUCCACCAAACACAAAGAGGCUCUGGCCAGCCACUGGGGCCUUCAGAAAGGAAACCGCAAGAAAAUGACCUACCAAAAAAUGGCUCGAGCUCUGAGGAACUAUGGUAAAACUGGAGAGAUUAAAAAAGUAAAGAAGAAGCUAACCUAUCAGUUCAGUGAGGAAGUGCUGAGGAACCUCUUUUUACGUCAAUACCCUCAUUGAUGAGAGAACAGAACCAGCAUUUUAUUACCAUGCUGAAAUCACUAACUUAGCCCAGAUUGAAUUUGCCUGUAGAUUUGCGUUUUAUUUUGUUGUUCUACCAAGUUUACUCACUUAUUUAUUUGUGAUAAAAGUGCACUUCCUCUAUUUGCAAACUUUGAUGUAAAUCGCUUUUAGGUGCAAAUUAAGUUCUUUUGUCUGUGCACGAGGAUUAAAUGAUGAUUAAAAAUCUGGGACAGGUACCAAAGAAAAAAUCACUUAAAAACACAAAAAUCUAAUCAUGACCAUGUUUUUUAUGAAUGUGUGUAAAUAAAUGCUAUGUUACUCAAAUGAUUUGAAUCCACCUUCAAACUAAGACAAAAUGCAUUCUGGCCCACAGUGUACCCACCUGAUAAGUUCAUUUAAUUCAUAGAUUGAAGACAGACAUAGAAUUAAUUAUCAAAUCUGAUAAAUAAAUGUUUCUAACACAUCAGCAAGAGCUCCAGAAUAAAAUAUCAAAGAGAGUGAAUCAAAAAUUCAACCACAAACUUAAUUUGAAAUACAUUUUUCACCAAGUGACCGUAAUUUACAAACAGAUUGUUAAAGAAGCAGUGAAUCUGUACCAAUGACAAGAUGGUCAACAGGACGUUGACCACAAACUCUGCUGUGUUACCUGGAAAGAUGAUGGAAUACAGACACACAACUCAAACACAUUAUCCACACAGACACAGAGAAAAAAAUCAAAGAUAAUGAAGUCAUCUGUGUGUCUUACAAUAGAGCUUUAUGCCUUUUAAAUAAUAAAUAUGAACAGGCACAUCAGCCCAGUAAGACAAAAAACAUUAGUCUAUACCUGUUCCAAAUAAUAAAGAACCUUUAUAACAGAAUGAACCAUAUAGAUGUUUAGUUCUGAUAGAUGUUUCUCAUCUGACAGGAAGGUGUCCAACUAUCCCCAGCCAUAUUUGCACUAAUGCAACUACAACAAUACUUUAUACUAUUAUUAGUAUUUCAGUCACUCUCCUACUCAUGAUUUAAGAUAAAGCUAAAUUUUAUUUCAUUUAAUUACCUUACAAUAGUGAUGGCUUAUGUAACUUGAGUAGAAUAAUUCUACAACAUACAGUAGAAAAUACUCAUCUUAAUUAUUCUAGAAUUUGCUAACCAGGAAU